ACAGCAGCAGCUGUCGAGUGCCAUGCUUGGCCUUGCACUUGGCACGCAGCCGUGCCUCUAACCUCGAACAAGUUAAGGUUUUAUUCUGGCAACUACACAUACGUUUUAUGGAAUUUGCGAAGCUGUUUUAUCAAAGGAUGGCACAGUCCGUGGGACAGAGGGUCAUUCAGACCCUUCAGACCACCGUCAUCGGGCAGACGGGUGUCUCGCCAACUGGAGCUGUUAUCUUCUUGCACGGCUCAGGUGAUAACGGACACGGUGUGCAAGACUGGGUGCAAGGGUUAAUGAAUCAACAAUUUAUGUUCAGUCAUCUAAAAGUGAUAUUCCCGUCGGCCCCGUUCAUGCCAUACACCUUGUAUGGCGGAGAACCAAGUACUGUUUGGUUUGACCGACUCGAUCUGUCCCCCAUGGCCCCUGAGCAUUUGGAAAGUAUCAACUCCAUGGCUGAAAAUUUAAAAGCUCUAGUGUUAAAAGAGGUUGAUUCUGGAAUUCCGCUCGAAAGGAUAGCAGUAGGUGGCUUUUCUAUGGGAGGUGCGAUGAGCCUUCACCUGGCCUACAGGUACCUGCCCCAGGUUGCUGGCGUUUUUGGUCUCUCCUGCUUUUUGAAUGAAAACUCUGAGGUUUACAAGGCGCUUGGGGUGGGCCAGUUGCAAAAUCAGACUGCUCCACCUCUGUUCCAGACGCACGGUGACAACGACACCCUGGUGCCAUCCUCCUGGGGCAAUGCCACGCACUUAAAACUCUCUAAACUCGGUGUGAAUGCAUCUUUUCGUUCUUUCCCACGCACAGAGCACGAACUACGUAAACCGGCUCUCAAAGCCCUUUACUCAUGGCUGUUGGAUCGAAUUCCUGUGUAAAUAGCACUGGCUGCAACAUCGGUAUAUCAAUAUCAAAGUGCCUUGUAAGAUUGCUAAAAGUUUGAUUUGACAAAGACAAUUCUAAAUUUUUAAAAAUGGUUUACAAUCAUGGUGUUUGAUACUAAUGUGUUUUGGAAAGUGGCCUCCUGGUGAAGUCACUAAAAAUAUUGGUACCCAGGGUAGCAUUAUUUAAAUGAAAUAAUCAUUCAAAUACAUUAAGUAGGUUUAAACACUAAGGUUUAGUGGUGCUACGAUGCUAAAGCAUUUUGCGAAGACUAGACGGCUACAAACAGAAAUUUCCAAGCUCCUAGGAAAUGAUUCAACAUACUUAUUAAUAAAUGGUGUUUGCAUAGAAAUGCAAAAUUGGCUUUUACCAUUUAGCUUUCAUUAAAGAUAAUCACAGCACAAAUGCCAUGCAAGUUCAAUGGAUUAUCGCCAGCUCAAUCUCAAUCGAUGUUUUAAGAAAAUCGUGUUCAAUUGUUUGUUUGAGCCAUAUAAGCUUCCUUUAGGUUAGUUAGGAUUUGGCCAGUUCAUGGGCAUCAAAUUGUUAACUUGUGUUCAAACAUAAUUAAAAAAAGCAAUGAAAAAAACGAAAA